CUGUUGAAAAUAAAAACAAUGUUACCACGUGUACCUCUAAUUGUGAUUUUAGGAGCAACUGGAUCAGGAAAAACAAAAUUAUCAUUAGGUAUUGCACGUAAAUAUGGUGGUGAAAUAAUUAGUGCAGAUUCAAUGCAGGUUUACAAAGGCCUUGAUAUAAUUACUGCCAAAGCCACACCAGAAGAACAAUCUCAAGCUCCGCAUCAUUUGUUGGAUGUGAUAGAUCCAUUAAAAAACUUUUCUGUUGUGGAUUUUCGAAAUAAAGCACUUAAAAUUAUAAACGAUUUGUUUCAAGCCAAUAAAAUGCCAGUAAUUGUUGGUGGAACAAAUUACUACAUCGAAUCCAUAUUAUGGGAUGUAUUAGUUGAUAAAGUGCCUCAACAAUCAUCGGAUAAUGAAAAUAGUGCUAGUGAUAGUGAAGAAAGUCCCGCGAAAAAGUUACGAAUUGAUAAAACAUUAAUUGACGAAACAAAAUCGACGUCAAUAAAACAUUUAUUGGAAACAGUAGAAAGUAUUGCUAGUAAACAGGACCAAAGUGAAGUUAGUGAUAUAAAAAUGUUGUGUGCUGCUGUGGGAAGUGAUAAAUUUAACUUUAUAACCGAUGAUUUAACGAUACCUAGUGUGGAAUUACAUGAAGUUUUAAAACGUGUUGAUCCCAAAAUGGCAGAUCGAUUACAUCCAAACAAUCGAAGAAAAAUUAUCAGGGCGUUACAAGUGAUUGUUCAAGAAGGUCGAUUGUUAAGUGAUAUCCUUGAGGAACAACAAUCAAUGGAUGGUGGUUGUACAGUCGGUGGUCCACUUCGUUAUCCAAAUACUUUAAUUUUUUGGGUUAAAGCUGAACAGAAAAUUUUGGAUGAACGUUUGAACAAACGUGUGGAUAAAAUGAUUGAAGAUGGUUUAUUAAAAGAAUUAACGGAUUUCCAUCAAAGAUACAAUGAGGAACGUAUUGAAGUCAAUCAACAACCCGAUUACACCAAAGGAAUAUUUCAAUCAAUUGGAUUUAAGGAAUUUCAUGAUUAUUUAAUUUUAAAUGAAGACGAUCAAAAAUCAUCAAAUGGACAAAAAUUGUUAGCCAAAGGCAUUGAAGAUUUAAAAAUGGUAACUCGGAGAUAUGCGCGUAAACAAAACCGUUGGAUUCAAAAUAGAUUUCUUGGAAAUCCAAAACGUCAAGUACCACCAUUAUAUGCAUUAGAUUCAUCUGAUGUUUCAAAAUGGGAUGAAAAUGUUGAAACGCCAGCAUUUGAAAUAAUUGAUUGUUAUAUAUCACAAACAGAAUGCACACAUAGACCGUUACCCGUAAAUACGAUAGAAAAAGGUGAACCACUCUCAAAAUGUAAGACAUAUGUUUGUGAAACAUGCAAACGAACAUUUGUUGGUGAUUUACAAUGGAAUGUACAUUUAAAAUCUGGAAAACAUCAUCGAAUGCUUAAAAAACUUAACAAACAACAAAAUAUGCAAACAAAACAAAAUGUAGAUCAAGAAAAACAAGAUCAAUAA